CAUUGUGCCGGGAGGACAAAAUCUCUGUUUAUUACCCGGGGCUGACAUGCUGAAAGACCCGCUCUCCAUGCCAGCACAAAAGCUGCCUUGCUUCAGAUUGUUUGUUUAUGUAAAUUUAAAUGGUGCAUUUAAUUAUGCAACUGGACGAGCCUCAGCAGCAAGCGAGGUGCUGAUUGGAGCGCCCCGUGGCCAGAGCCCGCUGGCAAGCCCUCGGCACAUCUGACGGGGCGGCUGUGGACCCUGCUCUGCCGCAGCGCCCGCGGGAGAGGAGACGCGCCUUGACCAUCUGCGCGGAGGAACAAAACCCCCCGGGGGGAGAAGGGGUGAGGAGUCGCCUCCCCGCCCCGGGGUGCAGGAGCGGGGCCCCCCGAGGUCCGCGGCCCCGGUCGGCGGGCACGGCACGGCCCGGCCCUCAGCAUGACAGAAGAAGUCCCAGUGGCGUCCGGCAUGCCCGAGUGCAACGGGAGCGUCGCCCCGGAGAAGGGCCCACUCCAGGUCAUCGGUGUCAUCGAUGAAAUAGCAAAAUCUGUCGGGACGGUUCCUUACACAAAUGCAGAAACGAGCCCCGAUGCUCCACCUGCAGAAGGAAAUCAGGAGGAAAAUAGAAAUUCAUUGGCAGAGGACACAGCUUGCGGGGGUUCUGAUGGAGAGAAGCAAUGCGAAGAAAAGCAAGAGGCAAACGAUGGGACACUACAGCAGGGAUCGGCUGAUCUCCAGGACACGGGGACUGACGGCCGGGAAUCAGAGGAAGGUCCGGGCAGCCAGGGGCCGUCUGUGGGCAGCGGGGACCUGGGGAACACGGCGGAGACCCCCGCAGCCAGCGCUGACGGGACCGGAGUGAGCGCGGCCGAGGAGGAGGACGAGGAGGCGGAGGAGGAGGAGGAGGAGGAAGAGGAGGAGGAGGACACAGAAGAGGAUGAAGUUCAGGUGAUCGAAAUCAAGAAGGAGAACAGCGAGGUGUCCUGUCUAAAGCAGCAAGACGGCGGCAAGGGGGCAUCUGCCCUGGCCAGCCCCGGCUGCAAUGCCCAGGUGGAGAAACCGGGGGAGCAGCCCAGCCCGGGGAAAAAAAAUGAUAUCUCCAGACACAGCUAUUCCAGGUACAACACAAUCUCCUACCGCAGGAUUAGAAAAGGAAACACCAAACAGCGAAUCGAUGAAUUUGAAUCCAUGAUGCACUUAUAAACUGAGGUGGAGAAUUGCUUAACAAGCCGAGUGUUCACUCUGGUUUUUGUUCUUCUUUUUGUUUCCCCCAAGACAUGUCUCUUCACACCACAUGAGGUCACUGCUUUUUCCUUUUUGUAUAUGAUUUCAUAAUACACUGUGAAAUUUUAACAUCUUCGCUUUGACAGCAGGCAGCGGCAUCCAUAGCGCAGGAAAAUAAAUAAUCAGUUUGCUAAAUAUAACACCAUUUGAUUUAAAGUUUAUCCUCUUAUUUUCUAUCCAACUUUUGUAACCAUAUUGGAACAAUGGGAUGUCUUGAACUGGCUGGGGUUUUCUCUAGCUGCCGCCGCACACGUGGGCCAUGCUGUCAGCCAUGCUGGUAAUGAGUUGGCAGCGCAGCAGCUCGGUGACGCUGCCCAGGGCAGCGUGAGGAAUAAAAGAGAUGACUGUUUGCAAGCGCA